UCAUUUUCCGCAUCCUGAUUCCUGCUACCUGUUUCAUUUCAGUUGGCCGUUUGUCUCCCUCUCUGGUGUGUGGUGGGUUUGUCCUUUUCUGUCGAAUACCGAAAACUCCAGAUGGAAGAACCCAAUGUCCUUUGAAUUUAGUUUGUAUUUGGACCAGACUGGACUGUUGGUGGACUUUGUCUGAGAGAAAGAAAGAGAAACAACCGCGCGGUGGUAGCAUGAUAGCCCCGGUACGACAGGUGCAACGCGGCUGGGAGAUUUGAGACUCUUCUACCUCACCUCCACGGUUUUGGAAACCAUAGUUCCAGCUUUUUUAUUUUGCGAAGCCGCUUUUGAAGUACCAACACAACUAAGAAUCAUGGCCUCGGCCCCUCCAGAGCAUUGCAUCGUCUUGCAGGAGGAGCUCACCUGUCCAGUGUGCCUGGAUCUCUAUCGCGACCCCCACCUGCUUCCGUGCGGACACAACUUCUGCAAGACCUGCCUUGAUCGCCUGAAGCGGCGGGCGGAUCGGGGUCGCCUCCGUUGUCCGGAGUGUCGCAUCGGCCACCGCUGUGGAACUAACUUCCAGAAAAACUUUAAACUGGCCAACAUUGCUGAUGACUACCGCCGCAGGCGUAGGGCCACCACCGCAGAUGCCACCGCUUUAACCUCCUCUGUGACAGCCCCGCAAGUCACAACUGUCUUUGCAGUCCAAUGCGACUACUGUCCUUCAGCGUCCUCUGAUGCAACAGGGGUCACCAUCUCCGAGGAAGGAUCCUCUGAUGCUUCUGCUCCUCAGGAAGAAGGUGCAGCUGCCUCGGCAUUGGCGGUAAAGACGUGCCUGAAGUGUGAGGUGUCCAUGUGCCCGGAGCACGUGAAGCCACAUCUGGAAUUGCCAGCAUUCCGCGAGCAUCCUCUCACAGACCCGAUGAAUGACUUCUGGAAGAGGAAGUGCCAGGAACACGAUGAAAUCUACAGAUACUACUGCAUAGAUGACAAGACAUGUGUUUGCAACGCCUGCACCAUAGAAGGAGGACACUCAGGACACACAAUCAAGACCUUAAAAAACACCAUGAAAGAUUUCAAGGGCUCCCUGGAUAAGCAGCUGUACCGGUUAGAGCGGAAGUACAGCUGGGCAGAGAAAAAGUUCCAGGAGCAGAAGGAGAAGGAGAGACAAAACAAGAGGUUCAAGGAGGUAGCUGAGCUGGUUCUGACCAAUCUAGACGACGUGCUUAAGGCCAAAGUUCAGCGCUUCAUUGUUACACUGAGGGAAUUCACCCGCACCCAGUGUGAAACCAGCGGCUUGGCCAUUCAGACCAACAUCUCCAGGAUCAGUCAGGAUCAGACCCGUCUGCAGGGGGUCCGCUGUGACAUUGAGAGCCUGAUGCAGGAGAGUGACCCGUUUCGCUUCUUGGAGGCAUACGGGACAACAGGAAAACAAUGUCGCAGGCAGCUAAGAAAAAACAUGUUCUACCCAGAGUACGUAGAAAUGGAGACGGAUAUCCUGGGAGCCAGGAUGGAAGAGGAGAUGGUGAAAUUACUGGAUGAUUUCCCGCAUCACAUAGUUGCUGCCAUUAACUCCUUGUGUAAUUUAUCUGAUCCUGAGGAAGAGGAGGAACAGGAGGACUACGAGGAGCAGGCUCCUGAGGACGAUGACGACGAUGAUGAUGAUGAUGAUGAUCUUGAUGACAGCAGCGAGGAGGAAAUGAGGAGUGAAGGCGAGGAGGAGGAGGAGGAGGAGAUGCAUAAUCAGGCUGAUGACCGCACAUGGGAGGAGGAGGAGGAGGAGGAGGAGGAGGAAGAAGAAGAAGGAGAAAGAGAAGUAGAAGAAGGGGAAAUUGUGGAGGAGGAGGAAGAGGAGGAGGAAGAUGAGGAAGAGCGUGGAGUAUAACUGAGGCAGUUAUUUGUAUAAAUAUAUAUUUUUCUACCUAGCUACCAGGUGCAGCAGAUGUUUCAGACUCAAACAUCUCCCUGAAUGUGUUUACGGAUAACGCCUCAGAUCCAAAGGGGCCCUCGGAACUGUUACAUCUGAAUCUCACUGAACCUGCUGAAUGUCAUCUAAGUGCUUCACAUCUGGAGAAGACUUUUGCUUCCUGUAGAAUGAUACAGUUUGAAUGUUUCACAACAGAAAUUUGGCCAAAAUUGUUGACCAAAUUUUGCAUGUUGGCUUAAUUUUUCAACCACUUUGAUAAAAUGUUAAAUGUACCUAAAUACCCAAAGCUCAGCCAUGAGCACUGCGUUAAAGAUUUUAAUCCAAGUUUACCGUAGUCACAGACGACGUUAAGACGAGUCCUCUUGAGCUUUGUUUGUCAUGGUUUCUCCUCGGAGAGGACAUGAAGCAAAAGGGCCAGGAAGAACAUGACCAGUUUUUGUUGCUUCUUGCUUAAACAUUAGGAGCCAAAGACAGACUUGAGUUGAGACAAAUCUGGUUUUCUACUCGGCAUGAUGUUUGGAACAAGAAGCUGCAAUUACAAGUUUAUAGUGCGGAAAAUGACUUUGCUUCUCAUUGUUGAGCUUUAAGGCAGUGAAUGCAUCAGCUAAAGAUAUUCCUAUGCACCAUUUAUUUAUUGUUCGAAGGUGUGUGGGAAUCUUGCACCUUAUUACAAAUUUGUUCUGUUGUGCUUGAAUGUUAAAAUAAUUGAUUUAAUGAAUGACUUGAUGAGGUCAAAAGAAGAAAAACGGCUGCUUAUUAAAGUGCGUUGGAUGUUUACAAAGAAUUAGACCUUUGACACUUUUGAGAUAAACAUUGCUAUAACGGUAUUGUUUUAUUUUGCUUUACAAGAUUAAUAAAGUUUAAUGA